UCCCAGGCUGCCUUUCGGAGCGGCCGGAAUGUACAGUGCUCCCUGAUACGGGGCGGAGCUUGCCUGGGGCGGUGGGGCCCGGUCAUGGCCCGCCCCGUCUCUCUGAGUCAUCCUUCUCGGACGCGGCUCCGGUUUGGCUCCUCAUGCGGUGGCGGCACUUCUUGUCCGCUGCAGUUUCAGUUAUGAAAGGACCAAGGCCAGUGGUGUUGAGUGGCCCAUCGGGCGCGGGAAAGAGCACUUUACUGAAGAAACUUCUCCGAGAUUAUGACAACGUCUUUGGAUUCAGUGUCUCCCAUACUACAAGGCAACCGAGACCUGGGGAGGUCAAUGGAAAAGAUUACCACUUUGUGACCAGGGAAGAGAUGCAGAAGGAGGUUGACGCGGGAGAAUUUGUGGAGCACGCCGAGUUUUCGGGCAACAUUUACGGAACGAGAAAUGUGAAAUGCCAUUUCUUCCCCCUCUUUGUUUCCCCAAAGGAAAAAAGGUUAAGGGAGAGACAGACGGAGACGGAAGAAAGCUUACAGAAACGGCUACAAGCAGCUGCCACUGACAUGGAACUCAGCAAGGAGGCUGGCCUUUUUGACAUGAUCAUCAUUAACGAUGACUUGGAGGAAGCCUAUACAAAACUGAAAAACAUUCUGGCUGAGGAGAUCGAGAAAGUGCAGGAAUCAAAGAAAACAUGAAAUUCUCCUAGCGGUGGAGAUCCACUCAACCUUUGGAAUCAUUCCUCAAUGUGUUUCAUUGUGAUUAUUAUUGUGCUGUGUUUUCAGAAAAACACUCGUAAAUCCAUCCAAAUGUAUAAAUUACAUUCCUUUUUAGCUCGCUUCUCCUGUGAAAUCUUCCUCAACACUUUCUAUUAAAGGAGAAAAGUUCCUGUC